AUGUAUUAUGGGAAGUAUAUUCAAGCGGGAAAUAACGCCAAUGCUGGGUAUCUCCCCGAGGACGCCGACAAGCACUUGCGUGACGGUCUCAGGCAGCCUGUUCCGCAGUUCGGUGACCGGCCUUGGCGGAGGAGACGGGUGUGUUGGGACUCUGAUGUUCCCGAGGGAGACUCUAUUGCAGAGUCGCAUCCUAACCUGCAGGGCCUUUUCAUUGCGACAGGUGGUUCGGGACAUGCCUUCAGGUUUGCGGCUGUCUUGGGCCGGUACAUUGCUGAUCGCUUUGAGAACAAGGAAUCGGAGGAACUGCAUAAGAGGUGA